AAACCUUUGCUCUUAGCGAUGAUGUCACUACAGGGUAACAUGCCAUAUUGCAGAGAGAAACAGGCAGAGAGAGAGAGACAGGCUCAGAAACAGGGAGAGAGAGUGAGGGGUGUAAGUUGUUUAUGACAGAACAAUCUGACAGAUAACGCAUCACUCAUAAUGGUCCAAAGUCCAGACCCACCCCAGCCAAAGAAACACACUGGCAUACAUAGUUCACAGAGGCAUUACAGAUCUCCCAGCUGUGGAGUAGGUGGCCCACAUCUGAGAACGUUGCGUGUAUGACUGCUUAGGCCAGAAGAGAGAGAUGGACAUCCUGGAAACAAGUGCUUAUGACCGCAGACAACGCAGGAACACGACCUGUGUACUGUUUCUUUAUCUCCUCCCUUUUUUCGCAUCCUGUGCAAUAUACUUCUACCUGUGGAUCCCAGACUCCGCCCCCUCUCUUCUGGCUGCUGGCAUUAAGGCUACUCCCAUCCUCUGUCUGGUCCUUCUGGUGCUCAUCUAUAAUGGGGGAUGGAGUCUAGUGGGCGUGGCUGGAGGGCUGCUGCUCUCAGCGGGUGGAGACUGUUGCCUUAUUUGGCCAGAACUUUUUAUCCAUGGAAUGGGCUGUUUUGCUCUGGCCCACUUGGUUUACUCUUUUUCCUUCCUGUCCUCUCGAUUUUCUGCAACAUCUUCGUCUGUCUCUUUCUUUAUCCUCUACCUCAUCCUGUGGUUGUUCGGCAUUGGAAUGUAUGCUUACCUGGUGCCCUUCCUACAGCUUGAUCCAGAAGCUGAUGUUCUCGUCCCAGCCAUAGGGGGUUACAUACUGCUCAUUGUCAUCAUGGCCACACUGGCUGCUCGUACACGGCGGCCUCUCAUCCUGCUGGGCAGCCUGGUCUUCAUGGCUUCUGACCUCACGAUUGCACUGACAAAGUUCAAUGUCUUUGAUGUCGAAUACAAAAAGCACAUUAUUAUGACAACAUACUACCUGGCACAGCUGAUGAUUGCGCUGGGUGAUGUGAAGGCAGCGCAGGAGGAGGAUGCUGAUGAUAUCCACAAGUGGAAGAGAUCAUAAGACUGCUGUUGAUGGACGUUGGUUCAGUGAUGCUAUACAAACUCUACGCCGUGAGCCUCAGAUGCUCUACAUAGAAACCUUGCUAGUUUCUAGAGCAGAGAUUAGUCGAACCUGUGCAGAAAUAAAGCAGAUGAAGAAGUCACAGUGUUACAGAUUUGUGUUUAUUGACUGAUUCACUUUCGUGGUCUUGUCGCUGGCAAAAGAGAAAUGCCAAAAUAUAAUUCUGUUGACUUUAUGUAAUGAACAUAUCAGCAGAGUUAUAGUCUAAAACAUCAUGGUGGAAUGUUUUUGUGUUUUAUAACUUAUUUUUUGGCAUGCAAUGGGGUCCAAAAGU